AGUUGUAGAGAGAUUGAGUGAAUAAUUACAAACAUCACAUGUUUAGACUAUAGAGGAAUUUGCACUUUAGAGUUAAUUAACAGAUAUUUUAAAGUUUAACUAGUUGACUUAAGUGGAAUGCAGUCAGUUCAUACUCCCUUAAUAUAUUUUUACGUAACUGAGAACUCUCCAAACCAUGCACUGAUAAAUGGAGCUGUUGUGUAAUUGCUCAUGUUUCUUUUUGGUAGCCUUUUUCCAGGGCGCUAACAAACUGCUCCUGAACGAACGAGCUAACUGGGUGCAUCUAAAGGAGUUUGCCAGUAAAAAUGCUGCCAACGCUCUUUCUGUUGCCAACAUGCUCAUGGGCAUGGCCUCAAUCCUCUGCAGUCUCAAUGGCCAUCAUCAUGCCUCGUGCUGGCUGGUUCUGAUCGGUUACCUGCUGGAUUUGGCAGAUGGAGCAGUUGCUAGGCAACUAAAUGCUUGUCAACAAUGUACUGCAGUGUACUUUUUUUGUACUGCAGGUGCAAAGUUGGAUGAUUUUGCUGAUUUCACAACAUUUGGAAUAGCAACAUCUCUCAUCUUAAGGACACCCAGUCUUUUGGAUAACAUCCUGUGCAUGUUGUAUGUGCUGUCUGUCUAUACUCGUCUCUGCUUCUUCUCUAGUGGAAUCCCAUUCAUGUACCGUGGCCUACCAUGCAUCUACUCCUCUGCCAUCCUGGUGUGUGUUUCUCUGCUGACUGGAGGAAAUAUGGCAGUACUGAGAAUCCUAGCAGUGGCCAUGAUUCUCUUCAUGGUCAGUCAGAACUUCUACCCACAUGACAGAGUACUGGAGUCUCAGACCUGGAAGAAGGUGGUCUACAUCGGAGGAGUUGCCAUGGUGUUUUGCUCCUCCUUUCCUCCAGCAUGCGUUUACUACUUGUUAUGGUCAAUUUCCUACAUAUUGUUUCCAACAACCCUGUGGAGCAGCAAAGUGUAAAGGGGUAAUGGCAUAUGAGGCUUCUCCUUCCUGCAAAUGAAAAUCAAACCAAUUUAGAAACUCGGAAAACUAUUUUUGGUAACACUUUCUAUGAAGCCCACAUUUAU